UGUUUGUUUGUUGACUCUAGUCGAUUUGGCCUAUUUCUCUUCUAGCUUAGUUGGGGCAUUUUUACCCCUAUUUUUUUUUCUCUUUUUUUUGGUUCCUCGGGAGGGGUGGAAACUUCAGACCAGGGCUGAAUGGGGAACCAAGGAGAAAUCGAACAUCCGAUGAUAUGAUUGAGUUUCUUCUUUUUUUUUUGCGGUUCUGUGGUAUGACUAGUGGUGACGAGCUGGUUUAUGGAUAAUUGUUCCUGGAUUCCCCACCGGAGACAAAGCAGUUCAAGUUCCUUUUCAGUAGUGUUCACCCACUGUGUGCCCACUGCCGGAGAGGGAGGGGGGGGGGUACCUGCAUGAAGGACCUGACAAUAAUAGGUUUAGUGCGUUGGGGAAUCGUAGGGGUAAUGAUGGGAGUGGGAAUUUUUCUUCCCACCGACGCCGUAACCAGGGAUGACGGAACUACUAGUCAGGCACAAUAUGUCUACCAGUCGAUUGUGAUUUGUUCAAGUCAACGCUCGACUUUUGGGACGACUAUGGGGAGGGCUGUUGGAUCGGUCUCAUUAGUCAGUCACUUAGUAUUGAAACUGGAAAGAAGCCCCGGCCAUGUGCGAAGUUCCGCAGGAAACAAGAGGAAACAAAAGAGCCGGGAGGAAGGAAAAAACGACUCCAUCCAGGGCUUGCUCGUCGUCGUUUCAGAUUCUGCAUGUAACCCAAUUCUGAGCAGGGCACCAACCCCAUCAGAGCUCGAAGAACGUGUCGCCUUCUUACUGCUACUACUAUUACGAUGACUAUAGAAUUCGAAUGGCACGGAGGUUGACUAGCAGAAAGGGUCAGGAAAGCAAAGGAAUUGUUGCAUUUUGUUUACUGAG